GGUUAACAUUUCCGCGGACGAUCUUUCUCUCUUUUUCUCUCCCUCUUGAAUCUCGAGCAGCGAUCCAUCUCUCUCUCUUCGUGAGAAGCCCUGAAGCGCUUUCUGCAGUCUUCAGUCUUCAGAGAUCCUACUCGCCGUCACCGCCGCCGCCGCUUCGAAGCGUAAUACCACCCUGUGCUGGUGAUGACCUGAUACAGGAUUGGGCUAUCUUUGGUUUUGGUAGAUACAUAUGGCAGGGAUGUUACCUGGGGAGUCUUCACAUCAUGGAACAUCUGAGAGUGGUCCAUCGAGUAGAAAUUCUCAAGAAAAGCCAGAAGAAAGUGGGGCUCAUUGGUAUUUUUUGAGGAAGGAAAUAGAAGAAAGUUCUCCAUCAAGAAGAGAUGGAAUUGAUUUGAAGAAGGAGACCUAUCUACGCAAAUCAUAUUGUACAUUUUUGCAGGAUUUGGGCAUGAGGCUGAGAGUUCCCCAGGUAACUAUAGCUACAGCAAUAAUCUUUUGUCACCGAUUCUUCAUUCGUCAGUCGCAUUCAAAGAAUGAUAGAAGGACCAUUGCAACUGUGUGUAUGUUUCUUGCUGGAAAAGUUGAGGAGACUCCUCGUCCGCUUAAGGAUGUUAUUAUUGUUUCUUAUGAGAUUAUACACAAAAAGGACUCCACUGCACCUCAGAGGAUUAGACAACAGAAGGAAGUAUAUGAGCAACAAAAAGAGCUUAUUUUACUUGGUGAGAGAGUGGUACUUGCCACUCUGGGUUUUGACCUUAAUGUUCAUCAUCCAUAUAAACCCCUGGUUGAAGCAAUAAAGAAAUUCAAGGUCGCACAGAAUGCUCUUGCGCAAGUUGCAUGGAACUUUGUAAAUGAUGGGCUGAGGACCUCGCUCUGCCUGCAAUUUAAGCCUCAUCAUAUUGCAGCAGGUGCCAUUUUCCUUGCUGCCAAGUUCCUCAAAGUGAAGCUUCCAUCUGAUGGCGAGAAGGUCUGGUGGCAAGAAUUUGAUGUCACCCCACGCCAAUUGGAGGAGGUUAGCAAUCAAAUGCUGGAACUGUAUGAGCAAAACAGAGUGCCUCAAUCUCAGGGUAGUGAAGUGGAAGGAAGUGCUGGCCCAGGGUCAACUCAUCGGGCCCCAAAAACUACAGCACUAAGUGAGGAGCAGGCUUCAAAGCAACUGUCAACCCGUCCUGUUAGUGAACACUUGCAUCUAGAAAACCAUGGAGUGGCACCAAGAACAUCUCAAAGUAACCAAAAUAACGAUGAUGGAAGUGGGGAGAUGGGUAGUGUUAUUACUGACCAUAAGGUGGAUGCAGAAACUAAAGAUAAUCAGCAUCCUGAGGAAUUUUCUCACAAGGAUAACACGAGAGAAGUUCAAACCAAAUCUAAAUCUGGGACUGAACGCAUAGGUGAAGACCAAGGAUGGACUGUUGGAAGGAAUGAUGUUGCAGAUGCAGGGGAGUGGAGAGAUGAUGGUGCAUCAUGUAAAUCUAGCAGUGUUGUUGGUCGAAAUGUGGAUAUUCAGGAAGGUCCUGUGAGCCAAUCUCCCAAAGAAGCUAUUAAGAUGAUUGACAAAGAUAAGGUGAAGGCAGCACUAGAAAAAAGAAGAAAGUCUCGCAGUGAAACAACAAGAAAAAAAGAUUUUAUGGAUGAGGAUGAUCUUAUCGAGAGGGAGCUGGAAGAUGGUGUUGAAUUGGCAGUUGAGGAUGAGAAAAUCAAGCGGGAGCAUAGGCAAAGCUGGUCAAAAUCACAUGAAAAUUCAGAUCAUGGUAAGGAGCCUGUGGAAACUGGAGUUGACACUAAUUUUGGCUCAAAAGGACAGUCAUCAAGGGGGUCUGAAACUGAGAAUGCUGAAGAAGGGGAAAUGAUUGAUGAUACUUCCCCAAUGUUGAAUGUUCGAAAGAGAAAAGCCGGGAGCCCAGUAGAUAGGUCAUCAGAAGGAAAGAAGCGCUAUGAGUACACGUCAAGCUACAACCACAAUAAUGUAGAGGAUGGACACAAGAUGAGCCGCUCUAAUUAUGCAGAUAGAGAAUACAGAAAGUAUCCGCAAGAGAAUCAUUUGAGUGCGAUAAAUUAAGCGGUCAGUCUGAUCUUUGGAUACUGAAACUUUUGCUGAUUGUAUUACAAUUAGUUUGAUUUUGGGAUUGCCUGUAAUGGCUCAUAGUUCUAUUGUAAAACAUGUUGAGAAAUGAGGAUGCUUCAAUCUCUCUUAUAAUGAAAGAGCCCUGAGAAAGUAGAUCUAUUUUUUUAA